UCAAGGAUCGGUGAGUUAUAUAUCUGAUGUGUUGAGUGCCAAUUAGUAUCGAAAAAGUCGCAAUUCAAAUCAUAGAGAGCUUUGAAAAUGACAACGCUCAGUCCAUUUCCAUGAUUUGUGUGCUAAAGGGUGGCUUCAAGUUCUUCGCCGAUCUUAUCGAUGCACUUGAACGGACGAUCAGGGCCCGCGGCACACAGAUCCCUAUUGCCACAGAUUUUGUUAGAGUCAAAAGCUACGUCGUAAGUUUUUUGAUUUAUGUACACAUGAUUUAGAACGCCCAAUCCGGUCCGUCUAUUUACCUGUCUGGCGUCGAAAAUGUAGAAGGCUAUCGGGGAAAAGUUCGCUUUUAUACAUUAUCUGAAUAUACCUAGGAUAUACUUAUCGUUGAAGAUAUCGUGGAUACUGGUCGGACGAUGAGCAACUUGAAUAAAUACCUUCGAACAUUGAAUGCGAGAAGUGUUCGCGUCGUGAGGUUAGCUACUGUUGUGCAGUCCCGUUCAUUUUUUAAAUAAUUAACUGACCACCACCCCUCCCUCUUCCAUCACCAGUGCGCAAACACUCUUCCAAACACUUCAAUGCUCCGCUUAAUUUCGUUUAUACCCAUCUGACUACUUUUUUGUUGCGACUGCUUAAAUUUGUGCAUUCGCCAACAUAACCAAGAGACCUAGUUGUGUUGAUGCGUCCGCUUAAUGUUCCUCAAACAUCAACGCAAGGACUAUAUUCAUGCAUGACUUUGCCUGGUGCUCGCCAUAAUUUGACUAAGGAAAUCGUCCUGAGGAAGGGACGAGCUGUUUGAGGUCGAGCGACUCCUCACUGUCGACAGAAACGGGAUCUGGUAGACGGGCGAAAAGGGCAUGAAGCAUCGCAUUAUUUUUUUCAAAGCAUUCCAUUAUUCUUCGGAAGUCAGUGGCCUCAGCAGGGAUUCCACAUGCAGGCCCCUCGAUGGCUUUACCUUGUUUUUUUUAUACACUUGCACCUACCUCGACAGUUCUUCAUUGACCACAAACCUGGCAUUAAAAUAAACAUUUUAUUGAGAAUUAUGCUAAGUAUGCUGCAACUAAUGUCAACUUUAGAAGGUAGUGAGGAAAAUUUUCCUGCAAAACAGUUUAGGAAAGAACUUUGAUUUUGUACGCUCAAAUCAUGUCCGGUCGUUCUAAGCCUACGCAAAGCAGUACGCCUUUGCACUCAUUUUCUCCAGCUUUGCACAAUUGCCAGUUCGCUUGGCCUGCAUAGCCACAUGCAUCAGACUUAUAGAUGUCAUUUUACAAAUUUCGACCUGUUAUAUACCUUCGCAACAAACCUUCAUCUCAAACCUACAGCUUCCUUUGUCUUCAAAAUUUUUGCAUAACUUAAUUUGGUCUGUUUUCGUCCGCCAACUGCACUUCUGAUAAUUUGUUGAUUAAAUAUUUUUAGCCUUCUUGUCAAAAGAACGCCAUUGAGUUGCGGAUACCGUCCCGACUGUAAGUUUUUUCGUCCCUACCCGCCUAAUUAUUAUCGCAAGAUCAAAGUGUAUAUGCCGGAUCUUCUCCCCCUCCGUUCACUAAUUUCAAUUCUCAGCCAACUUUUGUCGGUAUAAUACCCUCAUUUUCCCUCAGAGGAAGACAUAUUUCCGACCAAUGUCUGCUGCCUUUUCUGAAGCAUAACCGAGAUUUCUGUAUUUAGCCAAGGCCUGUUGUCAGAACUGUAAGAUAACGUAACCGAUAAAUAUACUUUCUUAAGACCACGUGGAGAGGGUGGGCAUUCGAAUUAGAAAGCCACCUAGAGUUUUCUCGUCCGUUUGCCUCUUCGGUCACAUUCGUUCCACCACACUUCCUGUAGUUAACGAUCAGAGUGCAUGCCUCAUCUGGGCAGUCUUGGUGAUAUUUCCAAUCGCGACUGUCUGUGACGGUGAAUGUAGAGAAUCCAACUUCUCCCCUCCAACGAAAAAAAAACCGAAUAGUCCGAGAACCACUGUAUUUUGGCCGAGCCAUGUUGUGCUCAUCGUCGACGUUGCUAAGUGGGCAGCGACACUGGAAUCAUGGGACAGACAGCCAACAGCGUACACAAACCACCUCAAUCGUCUUUCUUGUACGCCUCAUGAUGUUGCCGCAAAAAUUUCAAAUUGUAUCAUUUGAGAUAAAACCGGUGAACCUGCAGUCGGUGAGACUGAUUAUGCCUCAUCUAGGCGACCUCGAUGAUGCCACGUAUUAUACCUCUCCACCGGUUGCGAUUUCCGCCAACGGAUCCGGACAGAUCGACCCACUUUCUUUUCCAAUGACGGAGGCCCAAUACUGAAGGUCCAAGAAGUCACUUCCAUGUCUUGACGAACCAUGUCGAGCCAGGUUUUGAGUUGACCUGCACUUCGACGUCUCUAGAUGGGCAACGACACCGGAUUGAGGGCAGUAUAACUGAGCUCGUUUGAUAGCUGACGGAGAGUAUGCCCAAGCCACCUCAGUCGUCUUCCUUAGGUGGCCUGAGAUGUCCUCGUGAUAUUGCCGCAACGAGUGUGGACUGUCCUAGUUGAGACAAAGUCGGUGUACUUCACUCGAAGGGUAGUCCUCAAGCAUUGGUGGUCAAAUAUCUCCAAUAUUCGCUAAUUUUCUACGCGCAUAGCCCAGAAUUCAGAACUGUACAGAUAAACCGACCGGACAGAUGCAUGGUACACGCGAAUCUUCGUGAGGAUGGAGAUGUCAUGUCGGGCCCAUAAACGCUUUCGGGGGCGUGAAAAAAACCGGCGAGCAGCAUCGAUUCGGGAGACAAUGUCGUCCUUACUCGGUCCAUUAGGAAGCAGCCUCGCUACGAGGUAUUUGAAACUGCCUGCUCCUUUAAUUUAACAGCCCUUUUUCCCAAAAAGUACCUUCCCCUGGUCAGAGAUGCAACUGGAAAACGACUUGGUCUUCCCAGCGUUUAUGGAUAAACCGACCGAAGAGACUUCUUCAUUCACCACAUGCUGUUGAUCACCAGAGCUUGCGACUUGAAAAGCGAUAUCAAAAUGCUGCUGGAGCGCGGAUCGUUGCGGUCUGGCACGUCGAGUGCCCACGAUGACGGCACUGUACCGUGGCGACCCUGGGCAGAUCAGCAGAUGUUUGUGUCCAUGGGAAGUAACUGAUUCUAGUCGGCAGAGCAUAACGCUCCCACCACCGUUUUAUUGAGAGUCUAGGCCGAACCGGCCAAUAAGAUGGUUGUUUAAAAGGUUGCUCCGCUCAGUCAUCGGCAAUAAGUAGCAGGUCACGCCCAGAGAGAGAGAGUUCAUAAACCAUUUCUCCCAAUAACAACAAGUAGGCGCUUUCCCUUGCCACGCUGGCGGCAGUUGAUCCUAGAGAAAUUGCCUGACGGUUUUUUUUCUGGCUCCCACGAUUCACCUGAUCCAAGGGAGCUGUCGCCACACCGUGUCUACCAAAGAAGUCUCUGAGACAGCUAUGAUUGAGUCUGAAGUGGGGGUUGACCACUGAGGUCUUAAUUCCCCUAUGGCCUGGGUCAGAGAUUUGGACUUCUAACAGGUUUCAUAUAUUCACCUACUGCUAACGAAGGCAGCGCGCCGUACGAUGUCGGGUGUCGAGAUCGAGAGACAUUGACAUAUUCCAGCACCCAACGUCAAGAGUUCAUUCGUGAACAAGUCACCCAUACCGCUAAUGCCGCCGGAUGGGGGCUGUAGAGCGCGUUGGUUCUCAAGUGUACUGUGGCGCAUAUUCUAACACUGGAAUUCAUUUCUUGAAAAUUUUGAUGACAAGCAGGUUUUUAACAGCUGACAGGAUUUUUAUCCCGAAGUUUUCUCCUCUAGUACUUCGACCCGCUGUCCAAACUACAAGAUAUCGGUGGCAAGCAGACUUAUUUAAUGUCGGUUUAUGGUCAUCAUAUUGUUGUGACUUCAUCUGACUUUACCGGUAUACAAUAGCGGUAGCAGACCUCAGUCCUUCGCCUCCUAAUAGACCUGUCGCUACUGCUCCGUGACCGAUUAUUCGUUACACAGCCAGCCUUCUCUGAAGGUUAUUCCAUUACACGCCACCCAUGAGCGCACCGGCCAACCAGCAACUGGCCUAACUGCUAACCCCCGUCUUUACUUCGGUGGUUUGCUAUGCUAAACUACAUAGGUACGCAGUAAAGCACCGGCUUGACAUGUCAGAAUCUGGAUUUCAGGAAAACAAUCAUGUUUACCAACUGAGAUGAAGGUACGGUUUUUGGGGGCAGGGCGGGCUUUAGCAGAAUUUCGAGUUCACACUAGAACUGUGCUUCCGGGAGUGCUAACGCAUGCAUCAGCUGCGCACUUGCUGCACUUGCCUUGAGGUCUACAGCCAUAAUUGCCAAUACCGCAGUUCGAGACCCCAUCGCGGACCCAGGCAAUUCGUGUGCUCGCAAGCGCUUACAGUAGGUGUCGUAUCUGCUGAAACACUAACUGAAAUUCUGUGAUCUGAUCUCGACAAGGAGGGACCUGUAGGUUUGGUUCUCACACAGUAUGAUCUCAGGAUAUUUAAGUCGCGCCAGGAUAAUCGGUUUUUGUAUGAGGGUCUUUCCGACAGCUUACAAAAAUCACGUGCACAAAGAUGGCAACUUAGGUAAUGUUUUUUUUUCAUUCAUUUUGGGCACCUUAUAAAUCCAAACAUAUCUUAUAGAAAAUAUGCUUUCUGUCACGCAUUUUAUGGAAGUCUACCUCUUCGCAUUUUCUACACGAAAACUACGCUUUUUCAGCUUGAGAGAGUUUGUAAUUAAACGACAUCGUACCCGUCCGUAUGAAUUAUGCGACAUGGUGUACAUGCAUUGCAAAUUUUUUGAACUCUACGCGGUCUCUUAUAGCGCUGCGUUCCCAACUUUUUAAUGCACUCCCGUUGCGUAAAACAAAUAGGGAGUUCAAAGGUGCAACACUCGCAUUUCCCUCAAAUAAAACUAAAAACUACGAUUUUACCCAGAUGGAAAGUGUGCGACUUGUAGACUUGAGGCCCUGACUGCGAGUGUGACUGAAAUAUGCAGGUGACUUAUCUUUCUACAAAGCGCCUAACAGCGAAGCUGCUUUUUUUCUGCGCGUUUUUUGCAAAGUAUGUUUGAAUUUAUAAGGGCAUCAAAAACAAUUUUUUUUAAAUGCGUACUACUCCUUUAGUAUUUUUUUGGCAUUGGUUGCUUUGCUUGCACGUGCUUUAGACGUCUGUCGACGUGUCAGGUCUUGGCAACGCUUAUGGCGGCGUACGAUCUCGGCUCCGAACUGUGUUGUGAGGCUCUCCACAGCGUCAUUUAUAAAGAAUUUGCAUCAGAUGCUGUCACAUGUUUUUUCCUGUUUGCGCGUUUCAGACUAAAACGGUCAAACUCCUGACCGGCGUAAGAUAAAGCAGAUGUAAAUAUUUGCAGUCUCCUUCCAGAACACUAAAGUGGCUCUCUGCUCGAGUAUUCCUGAGCGCAGGCAACAGCAGCACAAUCCCUUAGCUUUCAUCUUAACGCGAAUGUAAUAUCCAAUUGUGUUGAUGUAUCAGCAAUCUCCAACUGUGUGUUAUCACCCCCUAGUUUUGGUGUGUCGUACGUGUCGACGGCACUCAUCUUCAAGCGCGGCUUUUAUAUGCAUUCAUCGCUUUUUAAAUCUACUUACCCAGCAUAAUUUACUUUGAUGAAUUUGGAUGCCAUCUCCCCUCCCCUCAACGAAACCCCGAGGACAUGUUUCUAGCUUACGGGGAAUGUUCUGGGAGAAAUUAUCGACUCACCUCAUUUAGCUGCUAGAAUAUUCAUUAACUGCAACAACUUUUUUUCUACCAGACAAAUUACAUGUCGCCGCCAGAGUUGUGACCUUGUUAGUUUUAUAGAAAUGAUUUACCCCAGGUCGUGUAUUCUCUUUUAGUUGCUGGGUUUGAAAUUCCGGACGAGUUCGUCGUCGGCUACGCUUUGGAUUAUAACGAUUACUUCCGAGACCUACACGUAAGUUUGGCUUUAUACAAUCUUCCCUCCAUUAUGGCUUGUUCACCGCGCCCACAAGUACCACUUAAGUACUGCCACUACUACUACUACUACUACUACUACUACUACUACUACUACUACUACUACUACUACUACUACUACUACUACUACUACUACUACUACUACUACUACCACUACUACUACUACUACUACUACUACUACUACUACUACUAAUACUACUACUACUACUACCACCACCACUGCAAUAACUACUAAUAUUAAUAAUAACUAAUUGAUUACUGUCAAUGGGAUUGGCGCCGUAUAAUAACAGUUUAGUCACGUUUUCCUGGAACUCCCGCCCCCGUAACCCGUAUGGCGACGUUUAACUUGCCCCCGUACCUAUCGGCCCUCACAGCAGAUGUGCCAUUUCAUGAAAUGCUGACUGAAAUUCUGAAGUGUUUUUUUAAUUCGGAAAGAUUACUUAAGUAGGGCUGUAAUAUUAAUAAUCAUGUGACUUUAUCCCAAAAUAUUUCACUUUCCUCAGAAUUCUCACCUGCAUAAGCUGUAUUCCGUAACAAGUGACCACUUAUAUAGUUUGAAUUUUUAGCUUAGAUUUUCGAUGUACUUAUAAAUUCCAACAUGCACAAAAAUAUUCUUCUUCUCUUUUGGCAACACACUGCGUCUCCUUCCAACCUACAUUUUGAGAUAGUAUUAUUCAAUGUAAGAAACCGAUUCCCUAAUAAUUUUGAACCCGACCUGUCUUUAUAUUUGCAUUCAGGGUCUCCAAACUGUAAACUGUAUACUCUGCGUGUAAGGAAAAUCAUGCAUUCGCAUGUGCUCUUAAAAAUGCGUCAUACAGUAGUCAUAAAAUUUAACAUUGGAUGUAGACUAUGUCGUCCAUCUUAUAAGCAGUAUUAAUUUAUGUGAUUAUGAGAUGCUGUAUGACGGAGCAUUUUUUGGUUUUCAAAAGCCUCUUAAUUAGAAGCUUCUUUUAAACUGAAAGAUGCUCUCUCUCUCUCUCUCUCUCUCUCUCUCUUCAAGCAAACAAUUUGAAGGAGAUACAAUGUACCACCAAAUGAGUGAAAGAAAGAAUUUUUUGUUCAUGUUCCGUAUAAAAUAUGUUUGGAAGUCUGUAGUAAAAAAUCCAUACUACAUAAGUAGUCACUUUACAGAAUGUAACUUACGCAGGUCAAUAAGAAACUCAUUUGAAGGCCGGUAUCCUGAGGAGACUGAAAUAUUUUGGGAUUAUUCUACACGAUACUUGGUAUCGCAAUUCUACAUAAGUAAUCUUUUCAGAAUUUCAAAUAGCAUUUCAUGAGGUAGCACGUGUACUGUAUUCCACUCAAGAGAGGACCGAUUCAUUUUAUGAAAGCGUUUUGGUAAUUUGUGCGGAGGUGGGGAAGGGAGGACUUUGAUGUGUGGCCAGCCAUGUCAUUAGCCCACAUUUACCACUGACUUCCUGUAAUCUGGACUUUCUGCCCAUCUGUAGACGCCCAGCUGACGACUAUUUGUUUUUCUCCACAGCAUAUUUGUGUCAUCAACGAUGCCGGCUUGAAGUAUUUUGCUGUACCUGAUGGCGACGCGGCCGCUCCUACCGACCACCCGAAAACAGCUCCCGAUGCUGUCGUAGACGGGACUGGGGCAAACGCCUCCUAG